AUGUAUGAGGCAGCCGCGGAGGUCGACCCUACUCCACCUUUUGCUGUAGAAGAAAGCGCCAACGAGGAGGCGUCAGACGCAGACGAACCCUCCAUUCUUCGCAAAUUCAAUGGGGUCUGGGAAGUAGGUAACCACGACGCGAGCUCCGUCCAGCCUGCAGCCUCUGCUCACGACCCGCCCUUAUCCUUCGCUGGUACAGAUUUACCCCCCAUUGAUAGCCUGUCGCUUGUAGCUAUUUACGCCCUCCAGUCGUUAGAGCUUAACACAUCCAAGGAGCGCGGCCCACUACGCAAAAGUCCGCCUCAGUCCGCGCCCGAACUCGAAAGUCCCACCAAUAAACUUGAUACCGACUCGGAAAUGCAAACCGACGCUCGAGAUGGCGAACAUAGCCAGGCAACACCGCCACUCAUCACCCUCUCCCGGGCAGAGCAGGCACAGAUGGAAACCUACUUGACGCCAGUUCAUGCAAAGCUGUGCAGCCUCAAGGCCACAACGCCAGAGAGUCUUCCACCUUACAACCCACGCUUGCGGACUAACAGCCACGCCCAAGUCAUCAAGUCAAGACUGUUGCCCGUGGGCGAAUUCAUAGUGCGCCUCUUAGCGCAAGCGCCGGAGGAGAAACGCGGGAUGCUGGAACUGAAGCUGUGUCGCCAUAUUGCUGUUGAGUACUGGCCUCUACCCGUCACUGAUAUGACCCACCUGCGUAUACAAGAGAUGUACCGGAAUGCCAUGUUCAGGAAGGCUGCGCAAGCGACUGGCGAGAAGGGUUCACCACACAGUCUCGAACCCGGCAGCGGCUCAGCCCAACAUCAGCCUAACCCCAGACCCGGGGGAGUUGCAGACCCCCAACAAGAUGCUCAUCCUGUUACGGAGGCAAUAGAAGGAACUCGCGAAAUGGACGAGUAG